AUGUCCUUUCGGAAACGAAAUAUAGGCCUCUCGUCCGGUCUUGCCCGGACUCCCGCCGCCCAUGUCCCCGGCCAGCCCCUCCAAGCCGCUCCAUCACCAGCUCCAAGCCCGGGCAUCCGCCCCUCCCCCGAUGACGGCCGCCCAACAACCUCGACAGGCUCCUUGUCGCUGGACAAUCUGCUUGCGGGCCAUGCAGGACUGCCGAUGGGCAAGAUCCUGCUGGUGGAAGAGAACGGGACGACGGAUUUCGCCGGCACAUUACUGCGGUUCUACGCCGCUGAGGGGGUGGUGCAAGGCCACAAAGUGCAUGUUGUGGGAGUGCCGGAGCCGUGGGGGCGCUCCCUGCCUGGUUUAAUUGGCGCGGCAGAUGCUACGGAAGACAAGUCGCUGAAGCGUAAAGACGAAAAAAUGAAGAUCGCAUGGCGAUACGAGCGUUUGGGAGAGUUUGGGGCGGGAAUCGCAGGUUCCAGAGCGGCUACAGGAGACCAGGUUCAGAGUGCCGCAGACGGUGAUCAGGACUCCAAGCAGCAGGCGUUCUGUCAUGCGUUUGACUUGACAAAGCGCCUUACCCAUCCCUCCAUCUCGAAUAUGAGCUUCAUCCCGCUUGUCCCAUCGAGGGAGUCUCCGUUUCUCUCCAUAUACAGACGAUUGCAGUCCGCGAUCGCGUCGAGCCCCGCGAACACCAUCCAUCGUAUCGUGAUACCCUCCCUGCUUAACCCGACGAUCUAUCCGCCGGAAUCCAGCCAGCCCGAAUUCGUCCUGCAAUUCCUUCACUCUCUCCGAGCCUUGCUAAGCACGUAUGCCGCUCGGGUGACCGCCAUGAUCACUCUCCCGCUAUCUCUCUUCCCACGCUCGUCCGGCCUGGUCCGAUGGAUGGAGCUCAUCGCAGACGGGGUCAUUGAGCUGUGUCCCUUCCCGCAUUCAUCGGACGCCCUGGCAACUUCGGGCGCUGCCACGGCUCAAGAGGAACCGCCCCAGGGUAUGCUCAAGACUCACAGGCUACCCGUUUUGCAUGAACGGGGGGGAGGCAGCGAUAAAAACGUCGGGCAAGAUUGGGCGUUCAUUCUCAGUCGGAGGAAGUUCGAAAUCAAACCAUUCAGUCUGCCGCCAGCCGAGGGUGACAAAGAAGGACAGGAGGGAUCCCAGACGUCGGGGAUGCCAAAGAAGGCCGACCUCGAGUUUUGA